GAGGUCAAGUAGGGCAAGAUGGCGGCGCCCAGGAGUCCGGGCUGAGGGGCGUGAAGGGCGCUGGGCGGCGGUUCCCCGGUCUCUGCGGGUUCUGCAGGAACUUUCCUCCAGUACUUUCAGGCAAAAAGCCAUGCAGCAAGUGCCAUGCAAAUUUGCAUGUUUGUUCAGGUUCACCAAAGCAAGAGGAGUUACAUUUCAACAGUUAAACUUCCUCAAGCGAAUGUAUAUAGCAAAGAAUAACACAAUGCUCCGCCAGCAAGCAAAAUUGAAGACAGAAUCAGCUGCAUCUCCUUCCAGUGAAAAGCAGCUCUUGGGCCUGGAAAGGACAGUUCUCCAUGAUGUUUCACCUCUUCUUCCUCCAUCAUCUGAGAAACCAGUGAUAAAUGAAGGUCUCCAGUUGACUGCAAUCACUGGUGGUUUAGAAACUGUAGUAGAAACAUCUUCAAAGAAAGAGAAACAGUGGAAAGAGAUGAAAAUAAACAUGGAUGAAUUACCAAGCAUUUUGGCUUGUCUAUCCAAAAUCAAACUUACAGCCUUGGUUGUAAGUACUGCCUCAGCUGGAUUUGUCAUGGCACCAGUCCCGUUUGACCUAACGUGCUUCCUGCUUGCCUCCCUUGGAACUGGUCUCUCAUCAUGUGCUGCUAAUUCCAUCAAUCAGUUCUUUGAGGUUCCAUUUGACUCGAAUAUGAACAGGACAAAAAACAGACCCCUGGUGCGAGGACAGAUCAGCCCUCUGUUUGCAGUCUCCUUUGCUGUCUCCUGUGCAGUUCCAGGUCUUGUCCUGCUGACUUUGGGAGUGAAUCCUCUUACUGGGGCCUUGGGAGCCUUCAACAUUGUUCUGUACACCUGCUGUUACACUGUACUGAAAAGAAUUAGCAUUGUCAACACCUGGGUGGGAGCCGUGGUUGGUGCCAUUCCCCCCAUCAUGGGCUGGACAGCAGCAACAGGUUGUCUGGAUGCAGGCGCAUUGGUCCUCGGAGGGAUCCUGUACUCAUGGCAGUUCCCUCAUUUCAAUGCACUGAGUUGGAGCCUUCGUGAAGAUUAUUCCAGAGGUGGCUACUGCAUGAUGUCUCUCACUCACCCGGCAAUGUGCAGGCGGGUGGCUCUGCGUAAUUGUUUUGCCUUAAUUGGACUUUCCUCAGUGGCUCCCAUCCUUAAUGUCACUACAUGGACUUUUCCCAUAAUUUCUCUUCCCAUCAAUAUGUACAUUUCCUACCUUGGCUUUCGUUUCCACAGGGAUGCUGACCGCAGCAGUUCCAGGAAGUUAUUUUUUUGCAGCCUCUGGCACUUGCCACUGCUCCUCUUGCUGAUGCUAACAUGCAAGAAAUCUUUGUAUGUGAAGGACAACGAAACGUGAACUGAGAGCACAAUGUUGUGUUGAAAAAGUAAUGUUGCUUUUUGUGAAAACUGGCUUCAGAACCUCUUAUUCAAAUGAGUGUUAUAUCAGUAAUCAUACAGAGUGGGGAAGUUUAUGCCAGCACAGCUCAGAGAACAUGUUCAGAAAAUCUGUUGUGCGCAAUGAUUGAUCUCAGAUUAAAGGAUGUUGUUUGAGACACA